CCGACACCACACUACGCGCUCUCCACCCCCAAAUCUCAAGAUCUGAGAGAUCUCACUUAGCAGAUCCAGCCAAUAAUGUUGCUUCCAUUCUGUUGAGUUGUUGAGCCGCACAUCUUAUUCCCCUUCUGGAGAGCUAGUUACUACCCUCCGCCUGCCAAGUCAAAUAUAUCGAUGACCUCAGUCUAACGGUCUAGAUGACAUGUGAAAUGGCAUGUGAAACCUGAUAUUGCUGGGCAUGUCUCCACUGAUUAAACUUGCGGCCAACAACUAGUCGAACGAUUGUUCAGAACCAAGCGCGAGUCAUGUCAGGAACCCCCAAUCAGUCUUGGAUCUCAGCGCCCGAGCCGUCAUACGGCCCUGUUCCGCCUCCGCAAUCCCCAGACAUUGAAGCGGAGAAGGUGGGGAACGCGGGGGGAUGUGAUGAUGAUGGAGGGGAUGGCCAACGAGAUGCUCCAACGUACUCGCACGAACGGAGAUGAGGUGCGUGGGGAGAGUUCGGGGGAACACAAGACAGCCGGUUGUGAUACACGUCCUCUCUAUCAAUAAAGGGCCCAUCAAUAAAAGGUCCCCUGCUUCCCCUACACCUUUUCCCACUUCUCAGACCUCGAUAUCAUUAUUCUGUGUUCCGAGACCCCUUUACCCAAUCUCGCCGCACAAGACCUCCAAACACAAGAAAAGCAUGGCAGACUCCUCCCUCUCCGACAGGGAGAAGCCAUACCAAGAUGGGAUCCACGCCGAGCAUCAGGAGCCUGGUUUGAUAACCAAUUCGGCUCCUGUGAAGGACGAAGGGCAAUGGGAUGGUCCCGAUGCCGACUUCUCUGGCGUCGAUAGAGCUGUCGUCCUUCGCAAGAUGGACAUGCGCUUGAUACCUGUACUUGCGUUGCUCUACUUGCUGAGUUUCUUGGAUAGAGGAAACAUUGGCAAUGCCAAUAUUCAAGGGCUAUCAGAGGACCUAGGCUUGACUGGUACUCAGUAUGCUCUCUGUCUAACAGUAUUCUUUUUUACAUAUGCUCUUUUCGAGCUGCCAUCAAACCUCCUCUUAAAGAAACUCCGCCCGUCAGUAUGGUUGCCAUCCAUAAUGGUAGCGUGGGGAACCUGCACCAUAUGUCUAGGCGUGACAAACAACUACGCCGGCCUCCUUUCCGUCCGUGUCUUCCUCGGCCUUGCUGAAGCUGGAUUGUUUCCCGGAGUGUCAUAUUAUUUGACAAUGUGGUACUGCUCGGAGGAGCUAGCCAUUCGGCAAGGUCUCUUUUUCUCCGCCGCUUCCAUGGCCGGCGCCUUCUCUGGGCUCCUGGCUUUUGCCAUCGCUAAGAUGGACGGAGUGGGUGGCUACGAGGGUUGGCGCUGGAUUUUCAUCUUGGAGGGCCUUUUGACAGUCAUAGUGGCCUGUGGCGCAUACUUCAUAAUGUACGAUUUCCCGGACACGGCAUCAUUCCUCACACCCCAGGAACGUGCAUGGGCAUCCCACCGCCUGAAGUACCAAGGCAGCAAGAGAUCCGGAAGGAUGAUUGCUGAGAGUGAGAAGUUCGAGUGGCGCUUCGUGAAGGCCGCAGUGAUGGAUUGGCAGGUAUGGCUAGGCACGAUCAUGUUCAUCGGGAUUGUCUGCCCCCUUUACAGUAUCUCCCUGUUCCUACCCACCAUCAUCAACCAACUCGGCUACGAGGCCGCCACAGCUCAACUUCUUACCAUUCCCAUCUACAUAUCGGCCGCCAUUAUGUGUAUCGGCACCAGCAAACUCUCCGACCGGGCCGCGAAGGCCGGGAAUUCCCGCUGGCCGUACAUCUUCUGGCCCAUGAUUGCAAUCCUAGUCGGCUUCAUCAUCGCGCUCGCCGCAUCCGCACACGGCGGUGUUCCCGGAGUUGUCUACGCUGGUGUCUUCAUCACAACAUGCGGCAUCUACCCAGCCGUCCCCGGAAACAUUACAUGGAUUGCUAACAACCUGGCGGGCUCAUACAAGCGCGCCGCGGGAAUGGGCUUCCAAAUCGGAAUCGGUAACCUCUCGGGCGCGAUGGCGUCGAACUUCUAUCGUAAGAGGGACAAGCCGAAGUUCAUCUUGGGGCAUGCGCUGAAUAUUGGGAUUGUGUCCCUGGGUAUUGCGGCGGUGAUGACGCUGAGGUGGAACUAUGCGAGGAUCAAUGCGCAGAGGGAUAGGGAUGAGAGCGAUGGUGCGGAUAUCAACGAUGAUGAGAUUGCGAAGAUGGGCGAUAGGGCGCCUACAUUUAGAUAUACACUUUAGAGGGAAUAUAGAUUAGGGAUAUCCAUCAAAAAUAUAAAUAACAAUUUGAUCUGA